CCUUAUAGAGUCUGUCUGGCUAUUUGCAUUCUGAACUUAGCAUUUUCUCGUAUAGAUUGUUACUUGGAUUCCCAACAUUAAUGGUAGAAAAAUGUAAGAAAGAGGAAGAUCCUUCAUAAAGUGGCGCGUUUAUGCUGAAUACUGGAUCCUUCUGUUACAUCACAAUGUGGCAUCAGUAUUGUAGAAUAAAUUAGCUUGGUUAUUCCCAGAUGCGCUAAGGAGCUUACAACCAGUUAGAGUGGUGGAAGAGAGGAGAGGGACAAAGCGUCAGAUGAUCCAUCCCAUACGUGGAAACAUAUGAAUAGGAAGGAAACUUUGAUGGAAUUUCGUGCUGGUAAAAUGCUCAUGGAGGGAAAAAAGGUUAUCCCUGAUUCACGGAAAGGACUUGUUCGUAUAGGCAGGGGUGAAGAGGGACUACUCCAUUUUCAGUGGCUUGACCGUAAUCUCAACAUUGUUGAAGAUGAUCAGAUUGUUUUCCCAGAGGAGGCAGUUUUUGAAAAGGUCAAUCAAUCAUCUGGAAGGGUUUACAUUUUGAAGUUCUGUACCGAUGAUAGAAGGCUUUUCUUUUGGAUGCAGGAGCCAGCAGCUGACAAUGAUGCACAGAUAUGUAGCUCAGUCAACUUCUACUUGAAUCAACCACUGGAGUUUCCUGGUGAAGAUGAGCCUGAAGUUUCAGCUCCAUUACCAAAUUCUGAAGAUAUGGUAGAAGAAGAUAUUUCAUCGAGGGCAGGAAAUUUGGUUAGUGCAAGCAUGAAUACUGAAGCAAGUAGCGAUGUAACAUCUUCAGGCCCAGUAAAGUUGUCUGAUCUUCAAAGAAUAUUGAGUAACAUAGGGUCCACAGAUGAAGCUGUAGAUUCUGAUGCAGGAUUGGGAUUGGGAGAUAUUUUGAGGCCUGAGCUCAUAUUACCGCUGAUUGAGGAAAUACCACUAGAAGGACAACUAGCUUCAUACUUGCCUGAGGGCCAUUGGACACCAUAUGCAUUAAUGGAGUUGCUACAGAGUCCUCCGUUCCGUCAGCAACUAGACUCAUUUACUUAUGUUCUUCGAACGGGACAAAUAGAUCUUAAUCAGUUUGGAAUUGAUCCAAGUCAAUAUAAGUUGACAGUUCCAUCUUUUCUCGAGGCACUGGAAGAUUCUGUUUCCAACGCGUCAGGAUCCAAUGAAUCAAGGCAGGAUGAGAAGGAUUUAAGAUCUCAAACGUGUAACAGAAGUGAUCCUAUGGAUGAAGGCCAUUAAGAUAAACAGUGCAAACCCAGACAAGAUGCUGUUGUGAAGUGAUCACAAUGUUGAUUCCCCUUGUUUAUUUAGUUUAAAAGAAUUGAUUUCCAGAUGAUGUGAACAUGUUACUUACAAGCACUGUAAAGAAGUACGUAUUCAGGGUGACAUUUCUUUGAUGUAAACAAAAGUUGUGUAUUGUUAGAGGUGAUAGACAUUCAAGUCAUUUUCAAUUAUGAGUCCAUGUAUGAUAUUUCAGCACCAAGUUUGAUGCUCUUAUCGCUUUAUUCAUAGGAUCUUGAAAUUGUAUUUUUCCUCUCCUAUUUUCGGAGAAUAUAUUUAUAGACUGGUUGGCCAAGCA